UUUAGGGUUUGUCUCUGUUUAACUCUUUCUCUUCUUCUACACACAACUCAUGACCUCUGUUACUCUUCUAUUUCCCUGGUAAGAUCUCUCUCCCUUCUCUACGCUGCGUUUCAAUCCUCAAUGUUUCUUCUUCGAUUUUGAUCUCACCCUUCACUGCAAAACCUGAAAAAAAGAGAGUAGUAUAUUUUGGGAAAUCCAAAAAUGGAUGAAGGUGAGGGAGGGUACGGUGAGAGUGGGGAUCCCAUGGAUCAGUUCCACCGUAACGAAGCUAUAUCAGCUGUUGCCGACGAUGGUUUUUUGGCUGAGGAAGACGAUGAUUACGAGGACCUUUACAACGAUGUCAAUGUCGGAGAAGGGUUUCUUCAAUCGCUGCGCAAGAACGAGGAUUCAGGGAUUAGAAACGACGACGUUGACGACAAGAAGCUGCAGCCUGCUCCGGUGAUGCAGGAUGCUGGUGGAGUUUCUAUACCGGGCGUCGGUGGUGGUGGAGCCAGUGAGGGUGUUGGUGGUGGUGGGGUUGUGGAAUCGAGGGUUUCUGGUAGAGUUGAUGGGUUUCAGAAUCAGGGGUUUAGAGGGAGUAAUCCUGUAAGUGGAGGUGGAUCGGGGUCGUCGAUGGGUGGUGGAGGCGGGAUUAGGGUUGAAUUAGGACAAGCAUCUAAGAAAUUGAGUGAGAUUGAGGAGAAGGGUGGAAAUGAUACUGUUGGAGUGCAGGGGAUUAUUGGGCAACCACUGCUUGGUGGAGUUGUUGGGAGUGUCGGAAAUGAGGGUUUAGUGAGACAAGGUGUUGGUGGUGGAGGUGGAGGAGGAGGGAAUCUUAAUAGGGCCGGUGGAAAUGGGGUUGGGAACAGUGUGAUUGCAGUUAGUAGUGUUAAUACUGGAGGAGGUGGAGGUGGAACUGGUGUGGUUACAGGUGGUGGUGCUGGUGGUGGCCCUGCUGGGGGUACUAUAUUAUUUGUGGGUGAUUUGCAUUGGUGGACUACUGAUGCUGAGUUGGAAGCUGAACUUUGUAAAUAUGGGUCUGUGAAGGAGGUGAAGUUUUAUGAUGAGAAAGCUAGUGGGAAAUCAAAAGGGUAUUGCCAGGUUGAGUUUUAUGAAUCUUUUGCAGCAACUGCUUGUAAGGAAGGGAUGAAUGGUCAUCUGUUUAAUGGGAGGCCGUGUGUUGUUGCUUAUGCAUCCCCUUUUACUGUUAAGAAAAUGGGAGAGGCUCAGAUAUCUAGGAAUCAACAGAUGACCCAAUCUGGAGUUUCGCAGGGAAGGAGGGGGCCUGCUGAUACAGGGGCUAAGCCUGGUGGUAGUAAUAUUGCGACGGGUGGUAACUACCAAGGUGGGGAUGGAAAUAGAGGUUAUGGAAGAGGUAACUGGGGGAGAGGGAAUAAUCCUGGGAUGGGGAAUAGGGGGGCUGUUAAUUCAAUGAGGAAUAGGGGCGGUGGGAUGGGCGGUAGAGGUAUAAUGGGCAAUGGUGGAAAUGGAUUUGGACAGGGUAUUGGUGCUGCCCCGCCUUUGUUGCAUCAUCAGUCAAUGAUGAAUCAGGGUUUUGACCCUGCAUUUGGUGGUCCAAUGGGUAGAAUGGGCGGCUAUGGAGGCUUUCCUGGUGGUCCGGCGCCUCCAUUCUCUGGGAUUUUGCCUUCAUUUCCAGGUGUUGGUUUGCCUGGAGUUGCACCUCAUGUUAAUCCAGCCUUUUUUGGAAGAGGGAUGCCUGUGAAUGGUAUGGGGAUGAUGCCUACAUCAGGUAUUGAUGGUCCUAAUAUGGGAAUGUGGUCUGAUCCAAGUAUGGGUGGAUGGGGUGGUGAGGAGCAUGGUGGUGGCAGGGCUGGAGAGUCAAGUUAUGGGGAGGAAGCUGCAUCAGAUCAUCAGUAUGGUGAGGUGAGCCAUGAUAGAGCUGGGUGGCCUAAUGCUAUGAGGGAUAAAGAUAGAGGAUCAGAAAGGGACUGGUCUGGUUCUUCUGAGCGAAGGUAUAGGGAUGAUAGGGAUCAAGGAUAUGAGAGAGAUGCACCUAGAGAAAAAGAUAUGGGACGUGACCAUGAAUGGUCAGAAAGAAGGCCUCGCGAUGAAAGAGAAAUGGGUCGGGAACGAGACAGAGACCGUGAGCGUGAUCGUGAGCGGUCUCGAGAUCGUGACCGUGAAAGGGAUCGGGACCGUGAGCGGGACAAGUACAAGGAAGAUAGGGACAGAUAUGCAGAACAUCAUAGGUACAGAGAUCGUGAGGCAGAGCCUGAGGAUGAGUGGGAUCAGGGACGGUCAUCAAGGACUCACAACAAAUCACGAUUAUCACAAGAGGAGGAACACCAUUCUAGGCCAAAAGAUGCUGAUUAUGGGAAGAGGAGGCGGCUUACCUCUGAGUAAUACUUUCCAUUGAGGAAGGAAAGAAUUAUAAUUGAAAAAUCAGGAUUUGUCAUGUUUGUUUGGAUUUUCUGGUUGUGCUCCUCUGAUCCAGAAGUUGUUGAGCAGCUGCUUUAUUUCAAUCACUUGUUCUGGUUGCUUCUUGUCAGGAGCAUGGUUUUGUUCUCCUGUGAGAAAGGGACAAUUGCUUUGAGAAAGGAAACUGUUCAUUCAAACUCUGGGUUGCUUUGGGGAUCAAGUGCCAUCAAUAUUGGAGAGCUAAGUUAUGACAAUCCUCUUCUUACAAUGAGAAGUAGAACAUUCGCUAUGAAGAUAUCGCUUUUGAUUUGAAUUUAUGUUUUAAGCACACGAUUAAACCAAUGUUGUUGAUGUAAUGGGUUUACUUACUGAAGUCUGGAAUGUGGCAGACUGUUUAGAACUUAAUGUUUGAAUGAUGUACUAGGAUUUAGCAGAGGAUGUUGAUAAUGUGCCGUUUUUAUUGGCUCGCUGUUGUAUUGUUUUUUCCCACUUUUCUUUUUUGUUGUUUUCUUCUCCCUAACAUUUUGUUAGUAUAGCGGUUGAGCAUGCAAAUAUUGUGUAUGAUGUAGAGAGCUAACCAUUCAAUUACUGUAAUCAUUCAAAG